UAAUUUAAAAUCUGUCCAUGUUUUACAAGAUAAAGGGAAACGGCUUGUAUUACAAUUACAAUUUGGUAUUUGUAAAUAAAACGCGUAAAUACCAAAAUCGUGGCAUUUUUACUUCAUGUUAUAAUAUGGUGAGAAUCUCAUACCUGUUUAAUACUUAUAUCCGAGAAAAUGAUGUCGUUUUAAAAGAAAUAUUUGUAGAAAUCCUAGAAUUAACGAACACAACAAACAUGUAAAGGUUUAUUACUAAGAUUAAAGUUACGUCUAUUACUUUUGCCUUGAUCUACCCUGGUGAUGUGGACCAGGCAAGAGUAGCCGAGCGCCGACACCAUCCCCAACCCCCCAUGAGUGUAUUUUUUUUUUUUAAUACUUUGUGAGGAAAAACUGUCAACCAUAUCCAAAGUGUAGGACCAAAGAGAACUAAAUAAUGUAUGCUUUUGUUAGGUUCUUUGAAGACGAUAUGUGCUACGCGUUACCCGUUUCAACCAUCGAAGAUUUCAGACCUCUGCACAGAACAGAUUUUGAUAAUCAGAAGGUGUAUCUGGUUCACAGAACUGAGGAGAAUGGCUGCGCAGGCCAGCCGUGCGAAGCACAGAUCCUUGCCCUUGCAGAUACAGUAGAAGAAUUUGAAGACAGUAUAAUCCAAAAAAAGAUGAAAAUUCCCAAGAUGUCCAUCAGGAAUUCAGGAAAGUCUAUCGAGAACAAUUUCGGAGAAGAGAGAUUACCACUGAGGCAUAAAAAGGCCCUGCCUCAAGACCAUGGAAAGCCCCUCUCUAACUCCUCCAAGAGCCUCGCCGCAGUAGUGGCUCGCCUGGAAAGAAAUGCUGCCAACUCCUAUAUGGAAGGUGAAGAGGACUUGGAUGAGGACCGGUUGGCCGAGGAGGGAGAGGACGCAGAUGACGAAGAGGAAGAAAUGGAGGCAGAGCAUCGGCAACAUCAUCAUCAUCACCAUCAUCAUCAUCACCAGCAGCAGCAACAUUUGGAGGUGGACACGCAUUGUGUGUCGGAGGUAGUGGCGGCAGUCGUUCCGAGGGUUCUGUACGAGGAGCUGGUUCACAGCUACAGGCAGCAGGAGGAGGAGAUGAGGAGACUGCAGCAGGAGCUGGAGAGAACCCGCAGGCAGCUGGUGCAGCAGGCCAAGAAGCUGAAGGAAUACGGCAGCUUGCUGACAGAAGUCAAAGAACUGAGGGACUUCAACAGGAGGCUGCAGGAUGUACUCCUCAUGAGACUGGGCAGCGAGCCUAUGCACGACAAUGGCACUCAGACAAUCAAGGCUGAAGUGGUCGAACCUAUAGUUGAGGCCCAGGAGACAUGCAGGGAAGAAGCUAACACAAGUUCAAGCUAUUCGCCCUCACCCAGAACUGUGUACACCUGCAACGAUGGGAAGGUACAUCUUGGGGGUGGGAUCUGGGUGGAGGAAGAGAAAUGGCACCAGCUUCAGAGGACCCAGGGAGAUUCAAAGUUCACAAAGAACCUCGCUGUGAUGAUUUGGGGCACUGAAACCCUUAAAAACCGUAGUGUCACGGGUGUGGCCACUAAAAAGAAGAAAGAUGCCCUGCCCAAACCUCCACUGUCACCCAGCAAGCUGAAAAUAGUCAGAGAGUGUCUCUACGACAGAGUGUCUCAAGAAACGGCCGACAGCGCUGAGAUCACGCAGAGAUUGUCCAAAGUGAACAAAUAUAUCUGUGAAAAGAUAAUGGACAUCAACAAGUCCAUCAAGAACGAGGAGCGACGGGAAUCCAAGCUGCUAAUCAGACAGACAGUCAAGAUGGAGAACUUCACCUACGAUGGCAUAUAGUGAUCAACUGUCACGUCAGCGCCUUCUGCCCCGCGUGGCCCGUAGGAUGUUUAGGGGACUUGCUAUGGGAGGGUUGGGGACUGCUGUCACUGUUCCAGAAGCUGUCAUAUUUCUUUCACACAGGUCCUAUCCCACCUCCCUAUAGGUCGAGCGUCAUGCUUAUCAUUUCUUUUAUUGGCUGCCAGGCAGCUUUACCCACCAGCACAUGAAAUAGUUUGACAUGAGCUGGAGUGAGUGUUUUUUUUAUAAGCUUUACCAUUGGUAUGGAGGUGUGUGCAUAUGUGUCGAGAGAGCGAGGUUAGAUAUGAUAGUUAAUUUAUUGUUCUGUGUCAGAACAUCAUUUUGAGUCCUGGAACUUUUAAAAAGUAAGAGAUUAUUCCUGUAGGUAGAGUCUUCUGAUGCUGUAUAAUUGACGAUGCUAGCUAACGCCGGGUCUUAUACUGUUGGGGAUUGGAGUGUCGGUACUAAAUGCAAAGAAUGGGACGUCAGGGUCUCGAAUGCACAAGUCUUAAUUAGUAACAGCCAUAUGACGGUUUGCUCCAAGAGAUUACCUUUGAAUGUGUGCUGUCUCUUAACUCCUUUAACACAUCUGCUCAUGAGAAGAGGGCUUAGAGAGGGUUGUUGGAAAGAAUGACUCCAACUUAUGAGUCAGUAAAGCUACAUUUGAUUUUUUUAAAUUUUUGUACCUUUCAUGUUAACACAUACAAUUAAUGUAUGAGGACAUGAAAGGAUUGAAAUAUAUUUAAGAGAUGCACCAAUCAGACUUUUUCUCAGCCAAUAUUAAUUUUUGUUUACCUGUUUUCCAAAACAUAGUUGGGAAAACAUCAAGCUGCAGGUUCUUUGACAGAGAUAAUUGUUUUGAAUCCAACUAAAAAUUUAAGGUUAUUCCCAUUUAAACUUAGAGGCAUAUUCCCCUAAAAGAAGCUGAUGUCAAAGAGUCAAAGAAGCUGAUGUUGGGGUGAUGCAUUUAUAGACCAAAAUAGUAGUAAGAGUUCUUAGUUUGGACUUAAUGAACAAGCAAAAAAUCAGAUUUUUUAGUAUCUGACUUUGGGAUUAAAUAAAAAGUGGUCAAUUUUGAUUCUUCCCCUAUUAAUUGGUGCAUCUCUAAUAUUUCUGCGUCAGUCUUAGUCAUUUGAAUAAAAUUGAGUCUAGAGUUGCUGCGGUACAGGCAUGUUGAUGCCUUGAAAGGCCUUAAAUGGAUUCGGCAAUCUCCAGGGACAUGUAUGUCUCUGGGUUUUUAUUUUUUUAUUUUAAAAGUAAGCUGUGAUUGUAAAUGUUUUGUAAGCUGAAGUGAUGAAGCUUCACCUGCACUUUGCUGUGAGAAUGUAAGAGUUGGCCAGGUACUAUUAUUAUGUGUGGUUUGCACCGUUCGAUUGAGGUGAGCCGGACUAGCGGCCAGGUGAAAAUCAGAGCACAGCUCUGCGCAGUCCAGGUCAUCUUGUUGUGAAAGCUGUGGGUAAAGCUGUCUGCAGCACUAUUUUGCUUUUCUUUCUUUUCUUUUUUUAAGGUUGUCUGGCCCUGCUGAAUCCCAUCCUAACCCUCUCUUCUUUUUAGUCACACCACUGGGGAAAAUAGUAAGGUUGCUCCAGUGACAAUUUCGUCUGAGCUAUGCCAUCAAAAGUUUUAAAAUUUUCUUUUAUCGUGUAUGUUUAUAUAUAUAUAUAUAGGAUUUUUCUCUCCUGUUAUAUUGUUUUGAUCUGAAACGGUUUGUGUGGCUGUCUGCAGGCUGGAACUAAAUGCUGCAGAUUGAAAUCUCAACUGUGACCUAGCUGUGGCUAACUGUGAAUCUGCUGCAGAGCUGUCCAUCAAACCUUUCUCCUCUUCACACUCGUAAUUCCUGGAUGUCUCUCAGUUUAUUUCUCUCCAUUUUUUGUUUGUUUGUUUGUCUUGGUUUGUGUCAUAUCACAACUUCAUAUCAGCCUUUCGUUAAGCUACUUUAUGUUCCAAAUAGGAUAGAAACAGAUGCAUAUGUUUGCCACUAAAGUUGGUGGUCGUAUUACAGUUUAAAGGUUCUGAUCAUAUUUGAUGCAGUGUUUUUCAUACUGUAUUUCUUAUCCAUCUGUUUCCUGUUUUGUUUUUUUUUACUUAGUUUUUUUUUAUAUGAAUCAUUGGCUUUAAGCUAGUUGUUGUAUCCAAAUGUUGAUCAGUUGAGUCUACCAACAGAAAACAAAUCCACCUCAUUCAUAGCCAAAGUUAUCCCAUAGGAACAAGAGAGAGAACGGGUUUAUUUACCAAGUCAGAGCCAGUAGAUUAGAACAACAUUGUGAUAUUUGGUAAACCUCACUUUAAAUCAGUGAAAAUCUCUAUUCUUAACUCUUAAAUAUCAAGAUGCAGUAAUUAUCAGCUCAUAUCUUUUACAUUGAAUGCACUUUAAAUUUUACUGCAAUUUCUUCAAUUUUAAACAAUUGUUUGUCAUGAUAGCUUUAUUGUUUGGGCCUGUCUGUCAUUUUUAUUCUCAUGAAGCACCUUAUGACAUUUUGGUUUUUAUUUCUUAUCAUUAAAACAAAAUUGAGUUAUUGGAAUGACUCUGGCAAGCUGACACCCCAUAAUAAGCUUGGUAAGUUCAAUGUUUAGCUGUAAGGUUUAUUAGAUCUGCAGAUUCGUAACAAAUUGACGUUGAAACUGGAAUCAGCUACUCCAUUAUUUCCUCCUGGAUAUUAAGCCGCGACCUUGGCAGACUGGCAAGCAACAAAUAAGUUAGUUUAAAACAGCAAUGUCCAUUUUAAAGACUUUACCUUUGAAAUGUUUAAGAUGACUGGAAAUUGUGCUUUAGCUUAACACAUCUACAUGCUGUUCACGUGUACAAAUAUGACUUAUAUAGAGUUCCAAUGGAGUAUUUUUUACAAUUGAGUUGUAACUGUGAGGACUGAAUGAUGAAGCUGAUAAAAGUUGGAUGCAGACUGAGGAAUCAGCUGGGUUUGCACAAAAGAAUUUUGGCCCAUGCAAAGGUAUUGGGGCUUAGUGAAUAACAAAGUCAAGCAAUUGUGACAAAUGUCUUUUUAUUUUAUUUUAUUUUUUUGUAAACCAGAGUCCCCUUUUUUGUUUUGUUUAUUCUAUGUACAAAGUAAGAUAAGGUACACAUGUUGGAGCGUGUAUUGAAAAUACUUGCAAUUUAAAAGGAAAAAAAAAAGCUUUCUGCUGUGCAAAGCCACCUUACUGAAAUUCAGAUGCGUUGUUGUGUACUGUGUUUGUGUUUCUUUGUUGUUCGAUGCCAAAAGAGGGCGUGGUUGUAACGAUGCUUAAAGAGAGCAUUUAUAGAGCUAUUACAUCAUCAUUUUGAAAGGCUGGUUUCCUGGAGAGAGAUUAAAACCUAUAAUCCCUUAACUAAAACCAUCUUCAGUGGAUGAAAGCUGUACCAUCGCAGAUUUAGCCUAAUCUGCGAUGACACGGCCAAUCUGACAAUAGAGUGCCAGAAGUUUUGGCAGCCGUCUCGUAACAUACCGGGCAUAUUACACAACCUGGAAUAGAGAGUCAUGGAUAUUUUAGGCUAGUUUGACUCUGUAACACAACACACCACCAUAGCAGUAGUUGUAGGAAGGAAACCUGCUGGACAUGAUCCUCUUCUUGUGCCACUUCUUGUUCCUUACUCACCUGCUUUAUGGCUUACGCUGUGAAUACCUGUCAGAAGCUUCUCAAAACGAUGGAGCUUUCUUUUACUUUUUCAUAGUUCGAUUGAGGAAAGAGUGAUUCGAGUUUUUAAGCUUCACUCUGUUGAGCAAGAUGGAUAUCUUGCGGUUUGCAGAGCCAUACUGUUAACCAGACAUGUUACUGUUUGAGCCUCAGAUACAAUAUAAAACAAAAAAAAUACAAAGAUAUACAUUGUUAAGCAUAUAUUUUUCUUAAAAGUAUCAGUAACUUUGUAUACGAUCCACAAACCGGUUCUACUUCAUCCAACUUCACCGUCCUACCUCAUUGUUACUCUGGUGUUUGUCAGUAAAUGUAAACUAUAUGUGUGUAUAUUAUUAAAAAAAAAAAGAAAUCUAUAGGAAAAGGUAUAGCUGGUUGCUCUCAACAUGUACAGCAUAUAAAACACCUCAAUACACAAAUAUCAUUCUUCAGCAAAAUCCGUUUUCUUAUCUGCUUAAAGAUGCUGCUGUAAAAGGGGUUUCUGUGUGAGGGGGUUGUCUGAAUAUAUAUAUAUGGAUAUAUAUCUUCGCUCUUUGCUAUGUUGUGCAGUUGAUUGAUGGUUGUGUUCUGUCUCUGUACUGCAAUCUGAGAUUUUUACUGGUUGACGGUGCUACCAGCAAACAGUUUGAGAAAAACAAAAACUGAUCUACCGGACCUCAAAUGGUGCUGUUUUUCUAUGUUUUUAAUCGUCAUACGGCUCUGUGUUAUUCAGGUGUGUUAACCGCCGCUAUCCCCUCAACUAAUCAAAAUCCUAAAGCCAAAAUGUUUUUGCAAGGCUGGUAACCCUGCUAUUACUGUAUCAAAAUAUAUGCUAUCCAUCCAAAUAUUGUAGAUAGUAGUAAUAUUCUCAGUUUCAGAAGUACCUCAGAAGUUGUUGAUUUUAAGUGGGUGCGUCUGCUUCUGUCAAUUUCCUUUUGUUGCAGUGUGUUUUUUUCAGAAAUAUGCAUUUUUACUGGUUAGAUCAGGUUAUCUUCAUAGAUGGUACAUGGUUAAGGGAGCAGUGUGCGUUACAGUAGCAAAGGCCCUCGGCAAAACCAUAUUCCAUUUGGGUCAACCUUGCAUUGUAUAUCAGGGUCCAUUUGUAUUCAAGGUUUUUACCACACCUAUAUAAGCAGAAAUUAGGAAUGUGUAAAGAAAAACAUAAAUGGGGCUUUAUCACACUUGUUUUGUUUACUUUGUCAGUCAUAACGGUUGAUUUUCCUUCACUUUCUCUGUAUUUCUCUGUGUAUCUUUGUAAAUGCUUUCCUUCAGUUUUAUAUCUCUGGAUUUUCUCUUCGCAGAAAGUGCUUUACAUCCUCUUAUAUCCUGUCCCCUGACCCGCUGCGCUUCAGUGUUUGUUUUCUGCGCCAAAGUGUUUGAGACACGUUAGUACACGUUUCGUUUCUGUCUUCUUGAACUUAACUUUGUCAUACUGACGCCUCUCUACUGUGAGUAAUGUGUGUUCUUAGACACAGCAGCUGGUUUUCAAGGAAGCACUUUUAAGCCAUUCUUUGGACUGUUUUAUAACGAUUAGCAGUGAGCUUUCCUCCGGCCUAUGGGGAGAGUUGAGCCCAGAGAGUUCUGUUUGUAAUUCCUAUUCAGGUGUAGAAUAACUAACCUGGUACCACAUCACUGUUGGGAUGGAGGCCAACCCCCGAGGUAAAGAGCAGGAGAGAACUGAAUGUGUCUGCACAGCCUUGAGAUUGAGUCAAAUAGGACAAUGGCGAUAUGACAAAUCUGUACUGAACUAUAAUUACGUUUAAGCUCUUUAAUUUGAAUUAAACUGAGCUAUACAGGGCUGCUUGGUAUACCUAUCUGUAGAAUUUAAUGCAUUGCAGUUAUAGUUGGGGAAAGACAGGGUUUCUACUUUAUGGAGUAUUUAUUGUUGGUAUAAUAAUGUGACAAAAAAUCUCAAAACUCUUACAGUAAACACUUCCUCUACCCUAUUGUAGCCUCCCAGUGGCAAACCACAUUUACAGAAAAUCUUAUAAAUAUAAACGAUAGAGUGUACAUGUCUUCGCUAAACCGGCCACACCUCUGCUAUGCGAGCAACUCUUUGACGCUUAGCAUCCUGUUCUGUGUUUUUUCUCUUGCUGCAUUCAGGAACACCCGUUUAAAUGUAUAGAUAAACAGAAAUAAAUCAAGACUUUUAUUCUAUCAGCACAAA